AUGUCCGCCGCCGUCCAAGAGUUGGCCCAGCGGGUCAAGAACGACGAAAAAUGCUACGUCGACACUGACGCAGGCAAGGACGACGAGACUGCAGAUGGCUCCGAGUUCAAGCCUUACAAGUCGCUGGCCUACGCCUAUAUUCAGAACUUCGAGAAGCCCACCCCCCAAUACCAAGUUCGAGCCUCCGAAACUGGUCCUGUUGGUCCCGAGGAGGACCCUUCCGUAAGACUCCUAUGGAAGGAACCCGCAAAGAGCGCUGUCAAGAAAGCCCAAGGAGCCCUCGAUGCUCACAAGAAGAAGAUCCAGAAGCAGCAACAGGCUGCUGCUGCCGAGGCCGAAAUCAAGAAGCAGAGGCAACAGAACCUCGAGGCUGCUAAGAAGAUUGUGCUUAAGCAGGACGAGUCGCUGCCCAAGCCUGUCAGGAUUAAGAUUAGCCGCAAAGACAUCGAGCUUGGAGAGGGUGACAAGAAAGGCACACGAGUCAAGGUCUUUGGAAGAAUACACAGAUUGCGCGUACAAAAGCAGGCCACUUUCAUUACCCUGGUCGACGGAUACGGGCAGUUACAAUGCAUAUUGGCUGCUGGUGACCUUACCAAGACCUACGAUGCUUUAACCUUUGCCCAGGGUACUUCACUUGCCCUGUAUGGUGAGAUGCGCAAAGUCCCUGCUGGACAGACAGCUCCCGACGACCGAGAGUUGCACGUGGACUACUACGAGGUUCUAGGAGCGUCGCCAAGUGACGAGGAUGCCAUCACCAACAAAGUCUCGUCCCAGCAGAACCAAUGGGAUGCGCAGAUGCUUGAUAACCGACACCUGGUUCUCCGAGGUGAGAACGCCUCUGCGAUCAUGAAGAUCCGAGCCGCUGUGGAGGGAGCAUUCACGAAGGUCUAUGAAGAAUUGCACCUCACCAAGGUCUCGCCUCCUGCCCUGGUGCAGACCCAGGUCGAAGGUGGCGCAACCCUUUUCAGCGCGCCCUACUAUGAUGAAAUGGCCUAUUUGACCCAGUCAUCUCAGCUCUACCUUGAGACCGUUAUCCCGAGUCUCGGAGACGUCUACUGUAUCGAGAAAUCAUUCCGUGCCGAAAAGAGUCUGACGCGCCGUCAUCUUUCCGAGUACACUCACAUCGAAGCCGAACUGGAUUAUAUCAACUUCGACGAGUUGCUAGAGCAUCUUGAAGAAGUCAUCUGCCGGGUCAUUGAUAUCGUACUUGCCAACCCGACCAUCGCCGCUCAUCUGAAGGAACUCAACCCCACGUUCCAAAAACCGACUCGGCCCUUCUUGCGCAUGAAGUACACAGACGCUAUUGACUGGCUCAACGCACAAGAUCCCCCUAUCUUGAACGAGGAGGGUAACCCCCACGUCUUCGGAGACGAUAUUGCGGAGGCCGCUGAACGGAGGAUGACUGACAUCAUCAACCGACCUAUCUUCCUAACGCAUUUCCCCGUGGAAAUCAAGGCCUUCUACAUGAAGAAGGACCCCUCAGACCUACGGGUAACUGAGAGUGUGGAUUGCUUGAUGCCGGGUGUUGGUGAGAUUGUUGGCGGUAGCAUGAGGAUGGAAGGAUACGAAGAGCUCCUUGAUGCCUACAAGAAGCAGGGCAUUGACGCGAAGGACUACUACUGGUACACUGAUCAGCGCAAGUACGGUACUUCUCCUCACGGUGGAUAUGGUCUCGGUCUUGAACGAUUCCUCGCUUGGAUUGCUAACCAGCACACUGUUCGCACGACCUGUCUAUACCCCCGCUUUAUGGGACGAUGCAAGCCUUGA